AUGGUUGUGACCGCAGGUCAUUUGCAAAGAUACUUGACGCGCGACAAAGGAGCCAAUUCAUCUGGUGUUGAAGAAAGUGACAUUGAGGACACGACCAUUGCCACCAUCGAAAUGAAGGCCUCAGAACUCAUCACUGUGUUUCCCAAAUCUGUUGACAGCCCUCAAAGAAGCUUUGAUGAAUCAAUUUUACGUGCCUUAAGACAAUCAGGCGGUUCUACCUGUGAGAGAAACAAAGCCCUGUGGAUCGCAGAUAGUUUGAAAUUAAAACCAUUUGCACUACUGAACGACAAUCAAGUGGAAGAAAUCGCUCUAACCCACUGCGAUAAUCUUAUGCCUUUGAUCGCCAAGAGUCAGGAUCACAGUUUUCGCGUCAAACAUGUUACAGCUGGCAAGAAACGUGCAUGGGAUAACAGUCUUAUAUCAACAAAUGCAAAUGCAACAAUGGAUAUCGAAGCUAAUCUCAUGUCAAUCCAACAUUACGGACCUUACGCCCAACAAUUAUCCAAACGAUGCUACAAGCAGUUAGAUAUCAAUUCCUGUCAAUUAUUGAACGACGACUGGACGUUUUUACCUCAACUACGAUAUAUCUGCGCCCAAUUGCUUGCCGGUGCGAUUAUUAUGAACAAAAAAAAUGAGGCCGUACUUGUCAACACCGUGGAGAUUUAUGGACGCCAGCGUUCCCUUGACGUCCAUCGAGAAAGCUUUGUGAACAAAAAAGGAAAAUCAGCAUCCUCAUCUUUACCACCUGUCACCACCAAAUACUACUACACUUGGGCAACAAUUAUGAAUGACAAUGAAGGCGAUAAGUUAGUUGUGGGAACCAAGACAUUGAAUGCAUUAAUCACAUCAAGUCUCCGAAUCGAUUCCAUUCAUGAAGCAAGUGUUGGGGGGGGGAUCAUCUCGCAUUUUGAAUUGGACGAAAGUGCAGCUUUGACGGCAUCAAUUUUCUUGGAUAGCGAUUCGAUCAAGAAAGCCAGCAGCUUGGCAAGCAAUCAAAACGUAAACAAGGUUGAUCGAUUUGAUCUGCGAUACCAACUUCGACAAUUACGAUCAAAGUUCCAAUACCCUUCAACAUACCUCCUUUGUCGCGCGUCAAGUAUCUUUGCAAAUGACCUGCGGUCACAACCAUAUAGCAUUUUCACCUUAUACGAAGCACCUGACACAGGACGCGAAUCAGCAGCGAAAAUAGCCUCGAAACUUUUUCUCAAGAUUGCGGAAACUGUCCAAUCUAACAUCCAUCCAACGUUGCCAAAAACUUUCGUAAAUACUUUAUUGACCAAGUACCAAGAUGGGCAAGUGAAAUCCAUACUGCAACAAAUCGUUGAACUAUACCACAAUGAAAACGCUAUAGAUAUCUUGGAAAACCAUUUCCUCAACGAAAAAUUGAUGUCUUUGGCCAACUUGAUGUCAACAAGCCUCGUUUUAGCAAACAAAUCAGUAGUAGAAAAUGUGAAGUCUCGUGUCCUGAAUGGUUAUUAG